AUGCAGGAGGUCAAAAGGAACAUCAACAGCAGUAGCAGCAGCCGAACUCAUCGAUGCCCUCGUCAACAAGAUCAUGGCCAAGCUAUCCAACCAGGCCAACCCCAUCUCAGCCCACUCGAGACAGACGUACUCAUCCGCCAGUCAUGCAGCGCACUAUUCGAGAUGUGCUGCCAGCGACUGCCCUGCGUCAUCCAAAAACUACUCCAGAAACUAGCCUCACCCUCCCACCCCUUCACCUCCGACGAACAGACCGGACUCGUCAACCAUCUGCGCACACAGCUCUUCGUCAUCAAGAUCCUCCGCUACUGCAUGUCAUACCACUGGGCCUGGCACCGCGAGCAGCUCAACGACAACCUUGCCAAGCAGCUCGUCGCCACCAUUAGUUUCUUCCUCAAGGAGCACCAGCGCUUCGAAGACGCCAGCGCCGCCCUCGGACCCAUCGGCAGCACCUGCCAAGAGCCCGACGAGAAGCCGAUCUUGCCCUCGCUCAUGGGCGACAUCCUCACCCAGGUCUCCAAGAUCCGCUUCUUCGUCUCCGCAUCCAACUGGACCAUCGUCCUCGGCAAGAUCAAGAACUGGAUCGCCUACUGGUCCGGCCCCGAAGAGUUCCCGGACCGCUCAGAGACCCGGCUGCUCGAGUUCUGCUCGCUCAACCGCCACCGGCUCAGCUCGAUCGUCCGCGAGCUCUCCGCCCAGUUUGUCCACCUCAAGCGCGCCGCCCAGUCCGACAUCGCCCUGGCCCUCAGACGCUCGAUCUGGAACUGGAUCGAGACCUAUCCGAACGAGUAUGCCAGCCUGGUCCGCUCCAACGGCCGGCUCGAGGGCGCCCCAGACGUGCUCUUCGACGUCGCCCACGGCCUGUCCGAGAACGGCAAGAAGCGCGCAUACACCUGGCCGACGAUGCCCAUGCUGCUCGCCAUCACCGUCGGCGACCGCAACCGCUCCCAAGUCACCGCCCGCAAGGCCGCGUUCAUCGAGAGUCUGCGCAAACAUCUCAAGGCGGUCAAGAUGACCGACGUGGCCACGGCAUGCUGUGUGGACCUCUGCAAGGCGGCCACCUUCUCGCCCAAGAUGACCGCCGAGGGCCCCGGCCUGCGGCUGCUGGCCUUGGACCUCGUUGGCGACCUCAACUCGCGCCUGCUCGACCCCUCCAAGCCGUUCACCAACUCCGAGGGCGUCGUCGAGAUCCCGCUCAUGUCCGAGGCCCUCGCCGCGCUCUGCAAGCUCGACCGCCACUUCGUCGACACCACGCUGCUCGAGAAGUGUCUGUCCCGGACGAGCUUCGUGCCCUUCCAGAUCGCCUUCAUCCAGGCCUGCCACAAACUGGCCAGCGACCCCGAGAUCCCGCCCCGCUCCUCCUCCUCCUCCCGCUCCUCGUCCCCCUCCUCCUCCUCCCCACACCCCCACCCAGAGGAUCGGUCGUCGGAGGACGAGGACGACAUGGCGAACUGGAACGUCAAGCUCAAAGAGCUCUACCCCGCCAUCGCCUCCUCCCUGAGACACGUGUUCAUGAGCGCGGUGCUCGAGACCAACCAGUUCCACAUCCUCAUGCGCUCCAACUCCAAGCUCAUCACCGGAGGCGACGAGAGUGGUCAGAAGACGGAGCUGGUCCGGGCGCUGCUCAACCUGUGGACCCAGGACACGACGCUGGCCUUCUUCCUCAACUCGCGGCUCGCCUCGGGCCACGACAUCGACCCGGAAGACCUGGAGAUGUUUGUGUAUCUGACGACGCUGCUGCUGAACAACCGCAACCCGCGCCCGGUGCGCCAAGCGGCGAUGACCGUCCUGCGGGCCUACCACCAGCCCUCCUCCUUGCCCAGACCGGGGGCCGGCGAGCAGCCGGGCCGCGGGCUCCCGGGGGUCGAGCUGCUCCCGCUCGGGCUCAGACAGGCCCGCGCAAUCGUCGGGAUCGCCGUGCUCAAGGCGCUCCUCGAGACCUGGGUCUUCCGCGAGGAAGAGCGCGAGGUGCUGCAGCUGCUCAAGGCGUAUCUGGACCGGUUCAAGGAGGCGGUGGAGUGGAGCGAGCGGGGCCACAGCCCGGGGUUCCCGUUCGCCAGCGAGUCCCACGCCCACGACUGGAGCUCAUCAGCGUCUUCGAGAAGCACCCCCCCCGUCCUGCGUCUCUGCGGCCUCGACGCGAGUCUGUCGGCCGCCCAGCUUUCGGCGACCUUGCAGGGCCUGCCGGACAACGGCAAGGGGCUCGGCGGUCGCGUGGCCCAGGCUAAGCGGGCCAAGCUCGUGUUGUGUAUCUCGGCCGAGGAAGCUAGUCGACAGCGCGCGAAUAGGGACCUCAGCAUCGCGUGUCUCAAGGCCCUGGCCGCGUUCUACGACCGGCUCAAGCUCGUGCCCAGACACGCGCUCCUCCGCGGCAACCACACUGCUAACAACGAGGUCGUCCAUGUUCGCCUGUUCAGUCGCCAUUACGAUUAUCUCUCGUUCUUGCUCACUGAGGUCACUAAGUUAGAAGUUGUUGCGGUCCGGAGUUGCAAAGGGAAGAUGGCGGCGGGCGGCGGAACGAAGGGCGGGGGCGGGGGGACGCUGGAGCACGCGGCGGCCUUGCAACGGGAGCUGGCCUCGAUCACGCGGGAGAUCGUCGAGCUGGCCGGCUUCCGCGGGCAGACCAUCAACUGUCUUGUCAAGCUCAUGGCUGCGAACAUCGACCCCGCCUUCCGCUACUUCGUCAACAUGUUCCACCACCCUGACAAUCGCAUCAAACAGGCAAAUAUCCACAUCCUGUGGGAGGUCGUGAAGGAGGGCCUGCCCGAGCUCGUCAAGCCUGUGCGGGCGACUGGCUUGGACAAAAUCGUCGAUAUAAUCACUCGGCCCGACCUCACGCUCGCCUGCGGGUCCGCCGACUUUGAGGAAAUGACGGAGGUGAUCCUCAAUAUCUUUGACUAUCACAAAGGCGUCAUCAAGUUCCUGAAGGCCUCGAUCGAGCGGGAAGUCGCGGCGACAGACCACGAGUCAACGGUGUUCCGGGGGAACUUGUUCACCACGCGGCUGCUCACCAUCUUUGCCCGGGCCCAGGGCUACAACUAUCUGCGGGCCACGCUCUCGAACCUGCUGGUCGGCCUUGUUAACAAGCCCUCGGAGUUCUUGGUCAACUUCGACCCGCAUCGGGCGAGUGCGGAGGAGGACGAGGCGGCGCGCAACCUGGAGCAGGUCACGGAGGCGUUCCUCAACGUGAUUGCAGUGUCCUGGAAGAAGCUCCCGGGCGCGAUCUGCGAGAUCUGCCACCACUUCGCAACCACCGUCCAGGAGAAAUACCCCGAAAGCGUGUUCACCUCCAUCGGCGGCUUCAUCUUCCUCCGCUUCAUCAACCCCGCCAUCGUCUCCCCCGAGGUCAUUGACCUCGAUCUCCCGAACAACACCCGCGAGAUUCGCAGGAGCCUUGUCAUGAUCACCAAGGUCCUCCAGGCCCUCUCCAACAAUAUCCGCUUCUCCGCGCGCAAACCCGCUAUGAAGCCCCUUAACCCCUUCAUGGCGAAAAAAGUCUACCCCAUGACCCGCUUCUUGAAGGACAUCUCCUUGAUAGACGAGCCGGGGAUGUUAGCGGAGGAGGGGUGUGAUCUGCAAGAGGAGCUAGCAGCGGUCCCAUUAGACGCCUCGGACCGCCACGUCCUGCACCGCUUCCUCUACGAGCACCAGGAGAAGCUCGGCGCGGAGCUGAAGAGUGUCCAGCCGAUGGAGUUCAAGCAUUGGCACGACGGCACCAAGCGCCUGAGCCCGACGCUGGGCCACGAGCUGUGGGCCGAGGUCCUCCCUUCAUCUCCCUGCCCACCGCCUCGGCCUCCGAGGUCGCCGUCAAGUCCUGGCUCCAGAAACUCAGCAACUGUCUCGUCUGUCCCCGUGAGGAGUACGAACAUGCCCGCAACCGCGUCAAAAACAUCUUGCGCAGACUCAUCGAACUCACCCUGUGUCAACAAGAACUCCAAGGCCUGUUGCAUGGCCGCAUAUGGCCCUCCGUGGCCCGCCAGGAAUCCCUCCUGCCGCUGA